AUGUCCCUCCCCACCGUCCUCAUCACCGGCUGCAGCGCAGGCGGUAUCGGCUCCGCCCUAGCCGAAGCAUUCCACGAGCGGAACCACCACGUCAUUGCGACUGCCCGUUCCGUGGACAAAAUGUCGCAUCUGUCCAAGUACCCCAACAUGACUCUGCUCAAGUUAGAUGUAACUUCUCCCGAUGAUAUCGCUGCCGCUGUGGAAGCGGUUAAAUCACUCACCGGCGGGACGUUAGACUACCUUGUGAACAACUCCGGUCUCCCGCUUACGUUUCCGGUAUUGGAAACAGACAUCGAGAAAGCCAGAGAGGUCUUCGAGGUGAACUUCUGGGGAGUCGUGAGAAUGGUGAAUGCGUUCUCCGAGAUGGUGAUUGCCUCAAAAGGCGUUAUCGCAAAUCAUUGCUCCAUGGGUGGGGUUAUGACGGUUCCGUGGAAUGCGUUUUACACCUCUUCAAAAGCAGCAUUGAAAUCCUAUAGCGAGGGUCUUCGCCAUGAGCUCGCACCAUUCGGAGUCAGAGUCGUGACCAUCAUGACUGGUGUCGUGGGGUCGAAUCUCUGGACUCGCGCGCCGGAGUUCAACCUCGAGGGAUCUAGAUAUGCGCCUGCGACAAAGGAGAUGAUGGAUAUUGCGACUGGGGCGACCACAGGCGGCACGAUGCCUUGUUCGGAUUAUGCGCGUCGGGUGGUUGAUGACCUGGUUGGUGGGAAGACUGGGCUUAUUUGGAGGGGGAAGAUGGCCUCCAUUGGGUGGUUUUUGACGUCGUUUAUGCCGACGUGGAUUUUGGAUAUGAUGACAAAUCACCGGAGUGGAUUUGACAAAUUGGGUUGA